UCUGAACUCAUCAGCCACCUUUGGGUGGUGCAGGUGCCUAUGCAUCCAUCCAUCAACAAUGCCUAGCUGAGUCUACUUUAACAACCUCCUACUAGUAGCACCACUACCACCACACUAGUGUUACUUUUACCACUGUAUGCUGCUCACCAAAGGACCUUGACCUCUGAGGUUUAGCAUCAUCUACAUCCUUUAUACUUAGCAAAUAGCUGUGUGCUGCUUGGGAGAUACAAGCACAAGCACAGACACAUCCACACCACAAAUGCCCCGCAGCCCACCUGCACCUCCACGCUUAUAGCAAGACACCGCUACGGCUAUAGUGACAGUGACGACGACAGCGACGGCUACGGCUACGGCUCAUCCCAACUCUUUAGUGCCAGGCACACCCAUACUCGUACCAUCCAGAGACCACGAUGGAUCUCGAGUUUGGUCGUCUGAAGCAGCGGGCCUUGGAGUUGAUCUUUCCUGGAGCACAACUCACCAACGAUGUUGCCUCUACAUCGCCCAUCUGGUGCUUAGGCCAACAGUACGAUCGCUCAGAAGCAGCGCCCACCAGCCUCUCCCAUCCUUCUCCCUCGGGCAGUAGUGCCGCUCAUACUCGUAUCACCUCUUCCUCCUCGAAACCAGCUACACCGCCCGAAAGUACCGCCAGCAGCAGCCUCGACUCGAGGUCGGCAUACGAUGAGGCGAGGAAUACAAAUUCCGAGGGAGAUUAUGGCUGGCCACCUUCCUUCCUGGACGAUUUCGAGGCCAGGAUAUGGCUCACGUAUCGUUCCAAUUUCCCGGCCAUCCCAAAAUCUUCGGAUCCAGCGGCGACCAUAUCAUUAAAAGUACGGCUCAGUUCAUGGGGGGAUCAGGGAGGAUUUACUUCUGAUACGGGAUGGGGAUGCAUGAUCAGAUCAGGCCAAAGCCUGUUAGCAAACUCUUUGGUGAUGUUGAGACUCGGGAGAGGUAUGCGGCUACGCCUUUCACAUAGAAUAGCGGUUCGAUGCUAAUGGCUAUUGCAGGAUGGCGUCGAGGCUCUUUGCCUGCCGAUGAACGAAAACUCCUAUUACUAUUCGCAGAUGACCCAAAGGCCCCAUACUCAAUCCAUAAAUUUGUAGAGCAUGGAGCAACGGCGUGUGGAAAGCAUCCCGGGGAAUGGUUUGGCCCUUCUGCCACGGCACGCUGUAUUCAGUGAGUAUGCUGCGGACCUUGGCCUUGUGUCGACACUAACACGCUACAGGGCGUUGACCAAUGACCAUCAAUCCUCUGAACUGCGUGUGUAUAUAACCGGUGAUGGUUCCGAUGUCUACGAAGAAACCUUCAUGAGCAUCGCGAAACCCGACGGCUCCAAGUUUAUACCCACACUUGUGCUAGUGGGUACAAGACUGGGACUUGACAAGAUCACCCCAGUGUAUUGGGAGGCGUUAAAGGCAACUUUGCAGAUGUCUCAAUCCAUUGGAAUUGCAGGGUAUGGUUGGAAUUCUGUUCUUUUGGUCUGCAAGCUAAUUUGAUUACAGCGGUCGUCCGUCUUCCUCGCAUUAUUUCGUUGGUGUCCAGGGUUCAUAUCUCUUCUAUUUGGAUCCGCAUCAAACCCGCCCAGCUCUACCCUUACCGGAAGAUCCCGAGAAGUACUCACAGGAGGAUAUUGACUCGUGCCAUACGCGAAAGCUGAAGCGGAUACACGUGAGCGAGAUGGACCCAAGUAUGCUCAUUGCCUUUUUAAUUCGUGACGAGAGUGACUGGAAAGACUGGAGACGGGCUGUUCUGGAGGUUCAAGGGAAGACCGUGAUUCACGUAGCCGACCAAGAUCCCGCACUCCAUGGCACUGCCGGGGAACGAGAUGCGGCCAUCGAUGAAGUCGAGACUUUUGAUGAUGAGGAUGACGAUACCAUGUGAAAUGUUCUUAUGAGUGGGUUGUACGGUGUUAGGCUUGGUUUCUCUUCUUCUGUUUUGCGGGGCGUUAGAUAGGGAUAUGGAGGUUCGGAUUUAGAGAUAGGUUUGUAUAACCUCUGUGGCCGCAAUACCACGAGCCAAGAAGAAUAAUAACUUUCGGAUCACACUUGUUGUGAGACGCCGACCCAAUAUCCGAGUCUUGGUGCUCUAAUCUUUAUUGUUGGUUGAGGGUGGACAUCGGGCUGGAGGAUUGUCGCUCACUGAAGUAUUUUUCUGACCCGAAGCAGCCUGAAUUCAAGAGGCUACAUUUUCUUUUAUUCUACUUUUAAGAUUCGGUAUAUUUGGUUCCUAGAAGGGC